AUGUAUCGCAUGGUGCUGCUACAUGAAGCCGAUCGCGACUACCAAAGGAUUCUCUGGCGAUGGUCGAAUGAUGAACCCAUGAACGAGUAUCGACUACACACCGUGACAUACGGCACUAAAAGUGCAUCAUAUCUGGCUACCAAAUGUGUGCAACAGCUGUUACUGUCCUUCCGCGAACAAUACCCUCAAGCGGUGGAGAAGGCGUCCAAGGGAACAUACGUUGACGAUCUUCUCGUCGGUGCAGACAACAUUGAUGAAGCCAAGCGCAUACGUAGUCAACUGUCGGAUAUUUUCGAUUCUGGCGGUUUUCACCUACGAAAAUGGGCGUCUAACGAUGCCGCUGCGCUAGAAGGUCUUCCAGAAACAGAUCGUGAACUGAAGAUGCCCAUCGAAAUCGACGACUCCAAUACCAUCAAAGCCCUCGGCAUUCACUGGCAGCCGUGCAGUGACGAGCUUCAUUUCAGCUAUCAGCCAUCACAGAUCCUUCAGCCCACAAAACGAACCAUACUGUCGCAAAUUGCCAGCCUAUUCGACCGUCUAGGACUACUCGCACCAAUCAUCGUCAAGGCAAAGCUGGUAAUGCAGCGACUAUGGGAGCUGAAGGUGGCCUGGGAUGCUACUCCCCCCGGUGAAUUGGUUGCACUGGCCUGGAUCAAUGGAGGUGCAUCCCGAUGGAAGACCUUUGUUGCCAACCGAGUGGCAGAGGCCGUAACAUAUUUACCAGCAAUCAACUGGGGUCAUGUCGACACGCAUCUCUACCCUGCAGACUUGAUCUCACGUGGGAUGAUACCGGAACAGCUGAAGGACAAUAAGCUCUGGUGGGACGGACCGCCUUGGAAUCCUAAAUCAGGACAUGAUACGGUAAACAAACAACUGAACACAAAUCAACAGCAACAAAUCAAUAGAGAGCAGAAGGCAACCGUAGUGUCACUCGUCCUCGUCUACAAGAAUACCUUCCUGGACGAUAUGAGGUCCAGAUACUAUCCAAACCUUCAGAAAUUGCUUCGAGUCACUGCCCGCAUGCUGCGUUUCCAUUGUCGGGAGUCAAGGCAAACCACAACAUUAACUCCCAAGGAGUUAAAUCGUGCCCUGGAAGUCUACCUAAAGCACGUCCAACAGCAACACUAUUAUGAUGAACUUCAACGUUUGCAUCAACACAAAGACGUAAAACGUCAAAGUACACUGUUUCAACUUAAGCCGUUCCUGGACGAAAGGGGACUUCUCAGGGUGGGCGGUAGAAUUGAGCAAUCAAAUCUACAAUAUGACACUAAGCAUCCACUGUUACUACCACGUAACUCCAUCCUAACUUUUCUCGUGCUGCAUCGUGAUCACAUCAUGCACCAUCAUUGCGGACCGCAAACACUGCUAGCAGCAUCUCGAAGCCGGUUCUGGAUUAUACGUGGUCCCAGCGUCGCUCGCAAGGUCUAUCGUCAGUGCAUUGUCUGCGCACGGGCUAAGCCGGCCCCGAUCGACCAGCAAAUGGGGCAGCUGCCUGCAGAUCGCGUUCAGCCACAUCCACCGUUUCUGAUUACUGGCGUUGAUUAUGCGGGUCCAGUGAGCAUCGUUGGGCGCAGAGCACGUGGUGCGGUGGCGAGCAAGGGAUACAUUGCACUGUUCGUGUGCUUCUCAACAAAGGCGGUUCAUCUGGAAGCAGUAUCGGAUCUCAGCACUUCCGCAUUCUUGGCAGCUUUCACUCGGUUCUCCAGUCGUUACGGACUUCCAGCCAAAAUGUUUUCAGACAACGCAACAAAUUUCAGAGCUGCCUCCAAGCAACUCCAAGAGCUUUACCGCCUCAUAAAUUCCGCAAACCACAACCAACAGGUCGCCAACUUCUUGGCGGAUAAGGGUGUAGUCUGGAACUUCAUACCCGCUCGGUCACCACACCACGGUGGACUUUGGGAGUCUGCGAUCAAAGGCGCAAAACACCUUCUAGGGAAAAUUGCGGGCAAUCAACACUUCACCUUCGAAGAAUUGUCCACUUUUCUCGCCCAGGUUUCAGAAACAAUGAACUCCAGGCAAAUUACACCGAUCUCCAAUGACGCUCACUUCCUAAUCGGAAGAGCUCUCACAACAGUUCCGGAAAUUAACAUGCUGGAGCAUCAAAUUAGCUCAUUGUCUCGAUGGAGUUAUAUCCAACGUCUGUCGCAAGAGUUUCGAUCCCGUUGGCAGCUCGAAUACGUUCGCUCGCUGCAACGUUUCACAAAGUGGCAGCAAUCAUCGCCUAAUAUCGCAGUAGGUGAUUUUGUAAUUUUGGUAAAGGACGACGAAAAACCGAGGCAGUGGCCGCUAGGGAGAAUUUUGGAAACCUUCCCCGGACCUGAUGGAUUAGUUCGUGUAGUGUCGGUCAGAACCGCUACGGGAAUCACCAGACGAGACGUAAGACGGUUGCGAGUCGUGCCAUUAGACAAGGACGAGUAUGUUCCGGGAAGACUUGGAACGGAAAUUCCUAAUCGUAAUUUGACCGCAGAGAUCGGAUGUACGGCAAUCAGAGAUAGUAGCACAUACCACGCCGUGCCCCCCGGUGUCGGAGCCGGUGCCGGUCGUCUUUCGAGCAAGAAACAGAUUACCCGCCCAUUCAUCGCAGGACAAUUUAAUCCAGCGGGAUUAAAGUACACCACAUCCGCCAAGCACUAA